CUGGUAUCGGAGGUCCCGGAAGCGUCGCCGGGACCGUUGGCGAGGAUGGCGGAGAGUCCGGCGGCUGAGGACACGGCUGCGGCCACGGUGCUGGCGGCGCCCCCGGGCAGUGGCGGGAGCGGGAGCGGGCCAGGCCCUGGAGCGGGCGGCGGCGGGCCGGGUGUCUUCCUGCCUGCCGAGCUCUGGGCGGUGGCGGGACUGGCCUCGGCCGGCUCUGGAGCGGGAAGCGGGGCCGCACCUGGAUUGACGUCGGCGGCUGGGAUCCCCCCUUCCGCCGCCGCUGCCGCCGGGGUACUGCUCUCGCACUCGGCCUUCUGGGACCCCACCUCCAGCGGCGACUGGGACGGGGAGAGGCCGAGUGCCGCCUGCCUGCUCCGCAUCAAACGAGAUAUUAUGUCAAUUUAUAAAGAGCCGCCUCCUGGAAUGUUUGUUGUGCCUGACCCCCACGAUAUGACCAAGAUUCAUGCGUUGAUCACAGGGCCCUUUGACACGCCUUACGAAGGGGGUUUCUUCUUGUUCCUGUUUCGCUGUCCUCCAGAUUAUCCCAUCCAUCCGCCGCGGGUCAAGCUGAUGACAACUGGGAAUAACACAGUGAGGUUUAACCCUAAUUUCUACCGCAAUGGGAAGGUCUGCCUCAGUAUUCUAGGCACAUGGACUGGUCCAGCCUGGAGUCCUGCACAGAGCAUCUCUUCUGUCCUCAUCUCUAUACAGUCCCUGAUGACUGAGAACCCCUAUCACAACGAACCUGGCUUUGAACAGGAGCGUCAUCCAGGAGACAGCAAAAAUUACAACGAGUGCAUCCGGCAUGAAACGAUCCGAGUCGCUGUGUGCGACAUGCUGGAAGGCAAAUGCCCUUGUCCAGAGCCUUUACGGGGAGUUAUGGAGAAAUCCUUCAUGGAAUAUUACGAUUUUUAUGAGGGGGCAUGCAAAGAGAGGCUCCAUCUCCAGGGACAGACGAUGCAGGAUCCCUUCGGCGAGAAGCGAGGGCACUUUGACUAUCAAUCUCUUCUGGUGCGUUUGCAAGGAAUCCGUCUGAAAGUGCAGGAAAAACACCAGCAGGAACACCCAGACAUAGACUCAGAGAGCAGCUCCUCUGAAACAGAGACGGACACACAAGGAAGCAUUAAGGCCUAGCCACCUCCCUGCCAUAUUCUUUGGGAAACCCAAGAGACAAUAAUGGGAGCUGCUGACUCUAGGCACUGUGGAGGCCCCUAGAGAGACCCGACAACCCGGCUGGAUGCAGAGCGGAGCGAGCACAGGUGGAGCAGUGUCACUUUUUUCCUUGCCUCCUUCAGUGCUCUGGUCUAAUGCUGUUAAACAAAAAGAGGAUUUGAUGCUAAACUGAACUGAACUUGUGACAGACAACUUUUUUGAAAAAUGGUCCGUUCUCUGCCGGAGACCUAAGAAAACCUGGCGUAAAAUGGUAUUCUGGAAGCUUCUGCGGCGUGUGGAGGGGGUAGGGUUUUGGUCCCCUCUUUGAAAAGAGCAUGAGGUGUAAAGCAUGUCUCCUCGUCCUGUUGUCUUUGUUUCACAACGCACCACAUAUUCCUCGCCCCUUCCUCCCUACUGGCUUCCAUACCGCGAUAGACUCGCAACUGCCAGAGUUUGUUGAAAGCACUUUUGACAGUUUGUAACAAGCCCUCCUCCUUCCUUUUCAAGUUUGGUUGUAGCAUCCCAGUAGGGGUUGGCAUUGCCUGUCCUAGACAGACCAAAGAGGAGUAAUUUCUGCUGGAACUAACUGGGCUUUAAGGUGAUUUUUUAAAAAGUUCUCAAAGCUUUACUCAGUUGUAGAGCACCCUCCCUCCCCUAACCUACUAGCAGAUUCAGGCAAGAAAGGAGUAAGAGAGACAACAAGGAAAGUUCUCAAUUUAUACACGUUUCUUCCUUGUGAGAAACCUUCAAAGGAGAAUUUUCUGCCGCUCAAUUAGGAAUUGCUUGUGGAGGUCAUGAUCAGUCCGGUGGUUCAUCUUCCCUCUCUUAUAAGUUCCAUAUAACUCAUAGAGGGAGCUUAAGGAAAAGGGUACAGGUAGCGCCAGUUCUGUACAACUGUCGACCCCAUUUGCAGGAGAGAAGAGGGUUGGUAUGUUGAGUAAUCACCGUUUUAAAAGUAAGGCUUAUUUGAAGAUGCAGCAGCAGUCCUUGCUGUUCGAGCAACUUGGGUGCCCAUCUUUUGGGAGCAGGGUCAAGUCUGAUGUUAAAGGAUGCAAGAAACAGAGGGAAUGUCAGUCCAAGUGGGACUGUAUGCCAAGAAAGGAAACAGAAUUGAUGGAAAUGCUGCAUUCGAAGGACUAGGUAUUCUGUCUGUUAAGUUGAAGUACAGAUUUCCACACAGUGUGGGUGUGAGUGAGAGAGUGAGUCACCUGCUGUAAAUCCCUUCUCUCAGAUUACUUCAUUGUGGUAAAAAACAAAGAGAAGGUUGCAAUCUGGAGAAGAUGCCUUCUGCAGAUUGAAUUCUGAAGCAUAUAUGGUUGUCCCACUAGCUAGCAAACCUUUUUAGUUCUGAAAGUACAAUAUCUUUCUAGGGAGAGAGUUUGGAAGCCUUUGGGGUGUGUGUGUGUUUGUUUUUGCUUCUAGAUUAUGCUUUUAAGGUGUUUGGAGACUGGCAGAUUUUCCUAACCCAUAAAGAUGCAUGCUCUCAUCCAGCAAACAAAAGCAGGUUUUUGCUGGCAGAUCGGCUGUGGUGGGUGCACAAAGGAAGGCUUUCAUUCAGCUAACCCAGUAAUGCAUACAGAAUCACAUCGGGUUUCCCUCUCCCGUCUUUCCCACUUGUCUUUGGAAGCCUGUAGGCUAGGUGGGGCUGCUGUCUGCAGGCAUAGCAGCACACCCAGUCCUCCCACAGCUCCUGCACCAAUCUGGUUAGUGGAGGAAGGGACAUUGCUGGUUUACAACCACUCAUGAACCUUCCUGUUAGCAAACAAACUUCCACAGAUCUGCUUUUGGAAGUGGGGUGGAAAUGUACCUCCCCUCGCAAGCUGCUGCAGAGGAGAAGAUAAUCUCCAAGGGUAUUAAUAGCAGGUGGAAUUAAUAAUAAUAAAAAGAUUUCUUGUGUAACUUUGCAUUUAGAUGCCUUGUGGAGACCUCAUGAGGUGAACUAACCUAUCAUGUUUCUUUUAAUCUCCUUGGGUGUGAUCCAGCAAAAGUUAGUCGUGCUUGAACCCCUGUUGAAAUCAAUGGGACUUGAGUGAUCGGUUAAGCUCUUCCAAGUCCCACUGCAGUCAAUAAGUAGGCCAAAUAUUCUCUGGACUGUGUCAGUUUGCAUAUUUGGCUUUUCUCCAGUCUAGUCACCAAGGUUAGUGGCACUCUGGGUACAGAGUACCUGUGAUUCAGAGAUCUCCAUUUCAGAUGCAUGUUGGCUGUUGAACCAUUUCAUAUACAUUUCUGUUUCAAAGCAAAACAUGAAAAUGCCUUAUGUGGUUCUUUUUUAAAACAAUGCAGCUCGCAUGUGGAUGUAAGAAAAAAAAAGGAAUAUGGUUUUCUAGCUGCCCCAUAGCCAUCUGUUUACUGAAUGUGUCCAUUUUCAAAAGUGACAAUCUUAGAUGACUGAGCUAGACAAAUGUUUUAGUGACAGAAUUUUUAGGCCUAACAAGCUAAAAAAAAUGCACAAGGGUAAGUAAAGAAACCUUGUUUAUAUACAAUUGUACAUAAAGUUUUUUUGUGCAAUAAAGUUUGUUUUG